AUGGAAAAUCGGAAGAAGGCUCCAUUCGAGCCUGAGGAAUAUCCUCCAGGAUCAUUGCCCUUGCUCCGUGAACGAUGCGGCGAAGCAAGCUGGAUACCUAUGUGCCGCCACACAUGCACAUUUGAGACUCGGCACUUCGACAAGAUUAUGCUCAAUCUUGUCGAGAACCCAAACCUCAACUCUAAAUGGCUCUUCCGCGCAGAUGUCAUCCAUGAUGAGAGCACCCACCCUCCUGUUCCCGCAGAUGUCAAAACCACCGAGGACAGCCCCCGCAUUCGAGACUUCAUGGGAUUCGAUCGUCAAAGAACCAUGGUGCGUCGGCUGAUACCACGAAACACUCUUCGUGAUGCCCCCUUGGAUCAGACAUGCUCAUUCUAUCAAUCCCAUCCUGGCACAGGGGGAUUGGACUCUGGCGGGCAAAUUGGUUUAAUGCGAUCUCUUGUCUUGUAUAUGCCACAUGCAUCUUCUGCAGCAAAGCUGCCUUUUUAUCAUCCCAAGGUCAAAGGCAUCUGUCAGCUUCACGAAUGGGAUCAAGUCACAGAGACAGGCACUAUAUCCGUCCAUUUCUUACCAUUUGACGCUGAAGAAGAUGGCGAAGAGGUUGACAAAGUCAAACUCGGUAGAAUUGCCUACCACCUGCUUCAAACUAUCCAUAAGCAUGGUCACGGCGCGGCUGCAGGCUAUAUCAAGAGAGUUCAUCACGACGUGAUUGUUCCCAGAGAGCGGUUUCAGGACAAGUAUUCUGAACUCAAGAACAAAUACGCCAGGCCUCUAGUGCAGUCCUGGCUCGAGACCACUGAUCCUGUAAAGCACGUGUUUGAGGAUCUAGGUAUAGCGGCCUUUCUCAUUGAAUUGUGGCGAGAUAUGUACAGAGGAAUAGAUUUCCCAGGCUUCGUGGACAUCGGCUGCGGGAACGGUCUAUUAGUUCAUAUUCUAAAGCUUGAAGGAUAUGAUGGCUGGGGCUUUGAUGCUCGCGAACGCAAGUCAUGGUCCCAAUACAACUCUUCAUUCUCAGGCUCACCUUCUGGACAAUCUCUUCAAAAACUGCUCCUACUACCCAGCAUAAUACCUUUGGAAACACUUGAUGGCAGUACAAAGGUUAUCGACUCCAAAGACGUUCAUGAUGGUAUUUUCCCGAAAGGUACCUUCAUCAUUUCGAAUCAUGCCGACGAGCUCACACCGUGGACACCCAUACUUGCCGCUGUAUCUCAGUGUUCCUUCAUCUCAAUCCCGUGUUGUAGCCACAACCUCACGGGUGAUAGGUGGCGAGCCCCUCCGCCACGGGACAAGUCCAAGCCGAAGAGUGCGUUUGCGUCGUUGGUUGAUUGGGUUGCACAAAUCGCAGAGGACUGUGGAUGGGAUGUCGAGACAGAAAUGUUGAGGAUUCCAAGCACUAGGAACACAGGCUUGGUUGGCCGCAGAAACACAAAAGACGUUGGAGAAAUCGAUAUGCAUGCGGUGUUACAAAAAUACGGAGGAGUUCAGGGCUACUACAGCAAUGUCGCCAAACUACUCAAAUCGUCUCCAAGAGGCCACUGA